AGCAGCGUCCCUCCAGGGCACAGAGUCGAAGGCAGAGGCUGUCGGUCUUUCCUCCUGCCUCACACAGCGAAGCGCAGGACUCGGGCUUGGUGGACGCUCCCUUCUCCACCUGCUCCUGUGCACGGCCGGGCUCGGCUUUCCUCCUCCUCCAGUGCAAACUCUGAACCUGUUCUCGCUGCCAAUCUCUUUGCACCUGGCCUUCCAGAGUCCGCUGCCAUGGAGGAGUCCAUCUCCACCUUCCUGAAGAAUGUGACACAAAACAAUUUUCAGCAACUGGCUGCUGACGUCGGGUCUCACUAUGCUAAAUUAACCAGUCAGGCUGGUGGCAUCAUCCCGCCAGAAGUGCUGCAGAGAAUUCAAGCAGACCUUGGGAAGGGGGAUCUGCAGGCUGUGGUGGACGGGAUUCAAGAAGUACUGAGUGCAGCAGAAAAUGCUGCCCUGGAGGUGGCUGUGAUCGGGGAGUCCGGGACUGGCAAGUCCAGCUUCAUCAAUGCCCUGAGAGGGCUUGGUCACGAGCAGGAGGGGGCGGCUGACGUCGGGGUCGUGGAGACCACCAUGAAGAAAACCCCCUAUCAACACCCGAAAUAUCCCAACGUGACCUUCUGGGACCUGCCUGGAACCGGGACGCCCAAAUUCACCCCAGACACCUACUUAGAAACAGUGGGAUUUGCUAGCUUCGACUUCUUCAUCAUCAUUUCGUGCUCCCGCUUCACCCUCAAUGACGCUGUCCUGGCCCAGAAAAUCAAGGAAACAGGGAAGAAAUUCUACUUUGUUAGAAGCAAGGUGGACAAUGAUUUAUAUAAUGAACGGAAAACCAAGCCCCAGUCCUUCAAGAGGAAGAGAGUUCUUCAGCAGAUCCGAGACUACUGCCUGGCUAACCUCAGGGACAUUGGAGUGCCCGAUCCGCGCAUCUUCUUGGUCUCCAACUUUGACCUCUGUGACUUUGACUUCCCACAUCUGGAGAGGACUCUGCUGGAGGAGCUUCCCGCUCACAAGCGCCAGAUCUUCACACUCAUAUUGCCCACACUGUCGGAUGCUUCCAUUGAGCUGAAGAGAGGUUUCCUCAGGGAGAAGAUCUGGCUGGACGCCCUGAAGGCAUCAGCUUUGGCCUUCAUUCCCUUUGCACCCAUCCUCAGAGGCUUCGAUUUGCCUGAACAGGAAGAGUGCUUGAAGCUUUACCGAAACUAUUUCGGUUUGGAUGAUGAGUCCAUUGAAGAGAUUGCAGAGAAGCUGGGCACAUCUGUGCGGGAUAUCAAGGGCUUCACCAGGUGCUUGGAUUUCUGGUCCCUAGUGAAGGACGACAGCAUAGCAGCGAAGGCCAGGCACUGUUCUGAAAUCUUCCUUUCAGUGAACGGAGGUGUCAUGUCUGCUGCACUCCAGGGCCUGAAAGCCUACUUUCUACGUUCGAAAUUCCUCGAUAUAGUGGCCCACGAUGCCAAGCUCCUCUUGCACAAAACCAUAAGCACUUACAACUGAGAGAAUGGGGUACAAGCUCUGUGCCUGGCCUAAUGGACUUAGAAAUGGACCUCAGGUCUUGUGUGGUUAGGGAUGGUGGUCUUCCUGCCAGUCCCGGGUCAGUGUCCCCCAAGGUAGAAGAAAUGUCUGCCCCAUGGAGGAAGGUGACAGCUUUACAUGGUAACUCAUGCUGUACAUAGGUGAUUUGAUCUGAGCCUGCUUUCCAAAUGGACUGGUCUAGUUUGAUUGAAUUCUGACAGUAACAUAACAUCUGUUUCAGUGAAUCUCCAAAUGUUCUGAGAUAGUCUGCAUUUCCAUUAUUUCCUCAGGUCGGAAGCACUUUGUAAUAAUCACAGUGAAGGUUAUAUAUUGUCACUUUAUGAUUUUGUUCUCAAUCCCCAUGUUAAUACUCUCCUCAUUAAAUAAGGGAAGAUCCCUUAUGUAUGGAAACAAUAUGGGAACAUUGUUAAAGGAUCAGUAGAAUGCGUCAUUGGACAACACAACAAGGAGGGAGGGAGGAGGCUGAUAAAGGAUGAGAGAAAUGGACUUGAUAACCACACAUUUGCCUGUUGACGGACAUGUAACAAACGUGGUAUCUAUACAUCGUGGACUAAUACUAUUUGGCAAUAAAGAAAGAUAAAUUCGAGACAUUUGUAGGCAAAUUGAUUCACCUGGAAAACCUAACGUUAGGCGAAGUAAAUCGGACACAAGAUUAAAUACCUGUUGUUUCUCUCAUUUGAGUGAUGCAAAGUACAAAUAAAAAGCAAAGUAAAAGAAUGAUGAGUCAGGAAGAAAGUGCUUUUGCAGAUGAGAAGGGGCCUGACAGACUCUGGGUGAGGUGGGGGCGGGGAAGGGGCCUUAAGAAGAUUGAACACGUGUCAUGGAAUGUGCCAGGUACCCGCCGUGCAUACUCUCAUUAUAUGUUAUAAAGAAGAAUAAUAAGAAGAACAACAUGAGUAACAGUAACCAUAGCAACAAAAAUGGGGAACGGGGAUGUAGAGAUGGCAGGACGGAGGUGGGUGGGAAGGGAAGGAGAAUAAGAACAAUCAAACUGUGUUAUGCACAUGCACCUGCUCCCUAAGCUGAAUGUAAACUUUACGUAUUGCGGAUGUGUACCAGUAGCAUAAAAUAAAGUUCA